AACGGCUUCCGGUGUCAACAUGGUGCACUACUAGUCCACAUUUUGUCAUGUCCAAUUUUGUAUCUUCUUUUCAAUAAGUUAAUUCAUCUGUCGUAAUAGAGGGUUUUUGAUAAAGUGUCGAGGACAGGCUUUUCCGUUGACCAAAAGUGUUAUAUCAUUAGUCUGUAUGUGAAAUGUAUCUACAGUGAAAGUCCAGGAUGCUGUAUGGGGUCAGGUACUCAAACUAUGAAGGUGAUCCAGCACUCUGUGGAGACACUGCAAACAGCUUUGGUCUCUAAUCGUCAGGAUUUGGCUAAACUUUACAGAAAGUACACAAAAGAAGAAAGGCAUCUUCUGGAGGAAGGAUUCCACCCAGGGCAGCCGGGUUCCCUUUUCCAACCCAUCACAGUGCACUCUGACUCAGACUGGAUCUCCGCUCACCCUGAGGAGCCUCAAGACUUUGAGAGCUUCUACAGAGACCCUUACCGCAAAACCCCCAAUGCGAGCUACAAUACUAUUUAUAUUCAAACCAUAGGUUCCUUUGGGGAAGCGGGGGCCCAGACAGACCAGUAUGUAGAGUGGCUCAGAGCAUACUGCCAGGCCUUCUUCUACGGGCUUUCUGUCAAGUUGCUGCCGGCGGUUACUGUGGCUGAAACACAAUGCUCUUUCAGAGUUAAUAGUAACUCGCACAACCUUCAGAUCCUGACCGGUGACCUGCUACGAUUCCUGGGGAAUAGGAAACCAAAAGAUGCUUUUUGUAUUGUUGGAAUCACAGUCAUUGACCUCUACCCCAAAGAGUCCUGGAACUUUGUCUUUGGACAGGCUUCUCUCACUAUGGGAAUGGGUGUUUUCAGCUUUGCCAGGUAUGAUGACAACUUCUACAGCAGACAUUAUGCUGGUAGGCUGAAGAAAUGGCUUCAGCCAAAGCAGGGGGACUACUCUGUGUUUAACGGAUAUUACACUCCCCCCAUCACCAGCACUCUGCUGCUUCGAUCGUGCAAGACAAUGACCCAUGAGAUUGGCCAUAUGUUUGGAAUAAAGCAUUGCCAGUGGUUGAACUGUGUCAUGCAGGGCUCCAACCACCUUGAGGAGUCUGAUCGUAGGCCCCUGGAUUUCUGUCCCAUCUGCCUUCGCAAGCUACAGGUCGCAAUAGACUUCAAAAUAGCUGAAAGAUGCAAGGCCUUACUGCAGUGGAUCGAGGAGGAUCAGAGUCAAAUAUCCAGACCAGAGGAGGCCUCUGCCUGUCAGCCUGUGCUCCACUUUUCCAAACCCACUGAAGCCUUUCACACAUCCAGACUGUGGCUCCGCAGGUGCCUGGGCAUACUUGAAAAAAAGAUGACCUAAUAGUACUUGCCCAUAAAUCACGAUAAGAUUGGGAAAUAAAUGUAACAGCUCUGACCUACUCAUGUAUACCAUGCAAAAUUAACAUUUCUGCUGCUGUUUGAUUGCAAAACAGAAUCUUAAUUUUGUUUAUGACUGUUAUGCCUAAUUUCAGACUGACUACAGGGCCCACUCCUUAUAUUUUGUCUGAGUGGUAAUGACUACCUAUACUAAUAUAUCUGGGAGUAGAGACUCUACAGUAUGACUAUCAGGUAUAUAUUGAGUUGUAUUCAUAUUAUUAUUAUUCUUAUUAUUCUUCUUAUCAUCAUCAGUUGAUUUAAAAAUGUUAUGAGCAGUUCAUAUAUAUAUGUAUAUAUAUAUAUAUAUACAUAUAUAUAUAUAAAAUCUAAAUUAAAGAUGCAAUAUGUACAUAAAAUAUUUAUGAAUGUGAAAGGGUGAAAUAUUCUAUUAACAUGAAGUGAACAUGGGUACAGUUUUUAUGAGUUCUGUUUGCAGUGGAUUAUGUGACAAAUACAAGAGCAGUUGAAUAAGUUGCUAUAAGGUUGAAGUUUAUAAGGAAAAAAAACAUUAUACAUAAUUGAAAGGUUCAAAUCACACUGUUGCUUUAUUGUGAUUGAACAUUUUUUCAUUACAAAAACCGUUUUGAGUCUGACAUCUCAUAUCACAUAACAGUGCAUUGUCAGCUUGGCGACAGUUUGAUUUAAAAUAAACACGUUUAAUCACACA